UGUUUUAAAAUUUAAUAAAGUUAUUAUAAAAAAAAGGAACACAACAUUUCUGAAUAUAAAGAUGGAAGGCACAGAAAGGAAGUGUAUUAUGUACAAGGAGCUACCUACUGGAUAAUGUCUAUGGCUUUCACUUUAAGCCACUUCUUCCUCACUCUGUUGCCUUUCAAAUAUGAUGGAGAAUUCAGAAAGAAAUUAGAGAAGCUGAAGUCCAGGACAUUUAGAGGGCUAAUCCAAUGGGCAAAUUCCUAAAUUUGGGAUUAAUAGGCAAUUGUGCGAUGCUUCAGACAACAUUAUUUAAAAUGUUUAAAUUCAAAUUCAAAGCUUGUUGAUCUUACAGUUUGCCUAUUCAUUGCCUGGUGCUGGUCUAAAGAUUUCUUGAGGUAGGAACAUUUCAUCCUUACCAGGUCACAUAAGCAGAGCGAUGAGCUGCACUGACACUUCAAGGCAUCACUCGAUUUCCGAAAUCUCUGUGAAGCAUGUCAGACCCACUAAAAGGCAUGUUAUCUACAGGAAGACAUCACAUGACAAAGCUGUUACAAUCUACUUAGGAAAGCGAGAUUUCAUUGAUCAUGUGGAACAUGUGGAACCUGUGGAUGGUGUUGUAUUGGUGGAUCCUGAUAUUGUGAAGGAGAAAAAAGUAUAUGUGACGCUCACAUGUGCUUUUCGUUAUGGGCAAGAAGAUAUUGACAUUAUGGGCCUGACUUUUCGAAAGGAUCUAUACUUUCACAGAGUACAGAUUUAUCCAUCAGUAGACAAACAAGGACCUCUCACUAGCUUACAGGAAAGCCUGAUAAAUAAACUGGGGGGAAAUGCAUACCCUUUUGUGUUAACUUUUCCAGACUAUCUGCCUUGCUCGGUCUGUCUGCAGCCAGCUCCCCAUGAAGUUGAGAAGUGCUGUGGAGUGGAUUUUGAGGUCAAAGCGUUCUCUACAGAAGAUCCGGAAGAAAGGAUUCUCAAGAGACAUUCUGUACGCCUGCUGAUACGCAAAGUCCAAUAUGCUCCAGAAGUACCAGGGCCCCAGCCUCAUGCAGAGACCACCUGGCAGUUUUUCCUGUCCAAGAAGCCAUUGCACUUGAAAGCAUGCCUCAGCAAAGAGGUGUUCUACCAUGGUGAACCAAUCCCUGUUACAGUGACAGUGAUCAAUAAUACAGAAAAAAUGGUUAAGAAGAUCAGUGUGUCAGUGGAACAAGUUGCCAAUGUGGUAUUAUACUCCAGUGACUUCUAUACCAAGACAGUGGCUCUGGAAGAGUCAGAGGAAAAGGUGCAACCAAACAGCAACCUUACAAAGACAAUGACUGUUCUUCCUUUGUUGGCAAACAAUCGAGUGAAGAAGGGCAUAGCGCUAGAUGGGAAACUAAAGGACGAGGACACUAACCUGGCUUCUAGUACUAUUAUAAAAGAUGGAAUAGACAGGACAGUUCUAGGGAUCCUGGUUGCUUACAAAAUCAAGGUGAAGCUUACUGUCUCAGGUGAGGUGAGCAUGGAGUUGCCCUUCCGUCUCAUGCACCCUAUGCAAGAGGAAACCAACGCAGCAGAAAAGGAAAGUGGCCAAGAUGACCUGGUGUUUGAGGAGUUUGCUCGUCAGCAACUGAAAGACGAAGCCUCUGCGGAAGACAGCAAACUGGAGUGUCCAAAUACUGAAUGAAAGAGGAAAAAGGGAUCAAGUUAGCAGAGGCCAUAACUUUUAUAUGUAUUAAGAAACAGAAUAGUUAAAUUGAGUUGAUGUAUGGCUCUUGUUUUUUACUUAAACUUGUUAUCUCACUACAAAUGUAGAACUCCAGACUGACUAUUUAGCCUUGAACACAUCCAAUGAAGGUGAGCCUGCCACCUAUCCAAACAGUUGCUCCACUGUCAAACUGUUCUUACUAUAAAGAUUUUUCUAAUAUUCACUUUGAAAAGGGCAAUCAUUUUCCCCUCUCAGUCAUUUUUUUCUCAGGGUUAAACAUACCCAGCUUUUUCCAUUUGUCUUCAUAGGAUUUAAUUUCUAGUUGCCUGAUCAUCCUUGUUGCUCUUCUCUGGGCAUGCUCCAAUAUCUCUGAACAGGACAUUAUUCUUAAGGUGGGUCUGAACAAAGUUUAAUAAAGUGGAACAAUUACUUUUCCUGAUUUGGAAAUUACAUUUCUGUGGAUGAGCCAAAAAUUACAUUUGCUUUUUUGCAAUGAAAUUACAUACACUGUAUUAUAUACAGUUUGCAAUCUACUAUUAUUCCAAAAUCAUCUUCACAAGGGCCACUACCAAUCAAGGUAUCCCCCUGCCCAUAUCUUCCAACUAUUAAGGAAGUUAUCCAAUCAAAAAAUGAGCUAAAGUUAAUUCAGCAAGAUUUGUUCUUAACAAAUCCCUGCUGACUUCUGAUAAUUACCACUUUACUUUCAAAGUUCUUACAGAUCAAUUGCUUUAUGACCUGCUCUAAAAUCUUUCCAGGUAUUGAUGACAGACUGCUUGGUUUGCAGUUUGCUGGAUUUUCCCCUUUUUGAAGAGAAUUUGCCCUCAUCCAGCCACCUGGGACUUCACUAGUUCUCCAGAAUUUCUCAAAAAUAAUGUAUGAGGGUUUCCCACACCAUCCCUUAUCAUCUUCGGAAGCAGUUCAUUGAGUCCUGGAGAUUUAAACUUAUUCAAAGUAAAACAGUUAUAUUUAGCUGCAGUAGGAAAAGUAGAUCCCAUUCUAUUUGUCUUGCUGAGUUACAAAUUUCUUUCUUUUUAAAUCAUACCUUUCACUUGAAAAAGGAAGUAUAAGGAACAAUUCUAGUACAGCUUUAUGCAUCAUGUUUUGUGUACAUUCAUAUAAAAUUGUAAUGUGAAUAGACAACUAGCAAAUGUUCUUCUAUAAACAUGAUUGUCUUGCAAGUAUAUGUGUGUAGGAAGUUGGGAUGGAUCAUACCUCUCUGUUGGAUGCACACAUAAUGGCAAUAGUACAUUUUUGGUCAGGUUACUUAAGCAACAGUUCUGAACUAGAGUCAAGCAUUAUCUAUAUUACAGCUCCAAAGCAUGAUUUUUAAAAAAAAAAAAUUUAUUU